CAGUGCGUAAACAUGGUUCGUUCGUGUGCUGCUUUUAAUUGUAACAGUAAGAAUGGAAGCAAAGACGAAGACGGAAACAAUGUUACAUUUCACAGGUUUCCCCUUACAAAUGAUUUUCUAAAUCGGAAAUGGAUAGUUGCUACUCGGAAAGAGAACUUCCAACCUACAGCAAAUCAUUUGCUGUGCUUUCUUCAUUUUGAAGAGAAUUGUUACCUGGAAAAUUAUGUAAAUAGACGUAAACUGAAGGACGAUGUUAUACCGACAGUAUUUGGACUUCCAACUCCUUUGAAAAAGGUUACCAAGGCAAGGAAACCUCCAAAGCCAAAAAAAUGUUGAGACAGCAGAAAACUUGUGUGUGGAUGUGCACGUUUCUGGUUACACUGGAGACCACAAUUAUUCAUUCCCAUCAAGUCCAAGUAAGCUGAAGGAAAAGUUCGAAAAAAUUGAAGAAAGCAAGGAAGCAAAAAUUGUGCAA